AUGGUUGACUCUACCGUUGUUAUCAAGACCCGUAAAUUCAUCAAGAAUCCCCUCCUGGCACGGAGGCAGAUGAUUGUGGAUGUGAUCCACCCUGGCCGUCCCAACGUCCCCAAGAAGGAACUGCAAGAGGUGAUUGGAGGCAUGUACAAGGGAGAUCCCAAGCUCACAAUGGUAUUUGGUUUCCGAACCAAAUUCGGUGGUGGCAAGUCCACGGGCUUUUGCGUCAUCUACGACAAUGAAGACUCUUGUCGGAAGUUUGAACCCAAGCACCGAUUGGUCCGAAAUGGAUUCCAGACAAAGGUCGAACGAUCGCGCAAGGCCAUGAAGGAAGCCAAGAACAAGGGACUCAAGGUUCGUGGUACUGGUGCCAGUAUUUCCAAGCACAAGGCAAAGCGUGCCGCCAAGAACGAGUAA